UGAAUAAAGCGAUUGAGCUCCAGUGCGCGCUUAUCUUCCGUCGAACCGACUGGUAAAACCAGCAGUGGAUUCUCGCUCCGUGAGUUAAAACUUUGAAAACUUUCGAAAUUUUUUUGCAUACCCGUUACUGUAUUGUGCAAUUGUGGCGAACUGUUCUUGGUGACGAGUACCUGAUAUUUGAGUUUCGCUAGUUUUUCGACCGUUUGAUAGGUGGCACUACGCAGGUUUCGGUAACCAAACAUGAUAACCAGGAUAAACAGAACAUACAGUAGUGCAACUAGUGAGCCUACCACGACUGAGUUCUUCUUUGAUCUAAAUGAAAUGUUGCAAAUGAACGAAAGCCUAAACAACUCAGAACUUCCCUUUUGCGAUGGUAGUGACAGAGUACAAUAUGAACGAAAAUAUCUCAUACUGCCAAUUUUGCUAAUCAGUUGCUUCAUUGCUAUGGUCGUUAAUAUCAUUGUCAUAUCCAGCGCGUACUGGAUUCGUUGUUCGAUGACCCCCAAUCUUAAGAUCAGUUUAAGCUUGGCAGCCGCCGAUGCCACCAGUUCUACUAUGUAUGGACUUUUACUGCUGAUCUCGGAGUAUGGCUUCAGCUUGGGCAUGAUUCCUUGCCUCAUAGACCUACUACGACUAAGUGGAAUUGUCAUUACGGUGGUCCAUCUUCUAGCUUUAAGCCUCAAUCACUACAUUGGAAUAUUGAAGCCACUUCAUUAUAAUUCUAUAGUGACCAGUAGAAAGGUGUCAGCAGUGAUAUGGGUCUUGUGGUUGGUGCCCUUUGUCACUGUUGUCAGCAUUUGCACGGGUUUCGAUUCGGAUGGAACAUUUUGGAACAAUUUUUUAAAUAAUACGGAUGUUCCCCCAUUGUAA